AUGCCCAUCCACCUCAUGACCGCCUCUCGGUUCAGAAGGAUUCGCUCGGACAAGGACAAGUCCAAUCAGAUCCGCUACAGCAUCACAGGGGCAGGAGCUGACCAGCCACCCAAUGAGGUGUUCCAGAUUCAGCCUGUGACGGGGAAAAUGUCCGUCACCAGGCCACUGGACAGAGAGGAGCGCUCAUUCUACCAUCUGCGAGCGCAUGCAGUGGACAUGAACGGCAUCCAGGUGGAGACGCCCAUUGACCUGUACAUCAACGUCAUCGACAUGAACGACAACCGACCCGAGUUCCAGAACCAGGUCUACAAUGGCUCAGUACCAGAGAACGCCAGGCCAGGCACGUAUGUGAUGACCGUGACGGCCACGGACGCGGAUGACAACGCCACGUCCAAUGGCAUGGUGCAGUACCUCAUCAAGACGGAGCUGCCCCACAACCCUGUAUCCCAUCUCUUCACCAUCAACAGCGAGACCGGAGACAUCGUCACCGUGGCUGCUGGCCUGGACCGAGAGACGAGGUACGCUAAGCUGUCUGACCCUGCCAACUGGCUGACCAUCAACUCCAGCAACGGGCAAAUCUACACGACUGCUGUGCUGGACCGUGAGUCCAUCUUUGUCAAGAACAACAUCUACGAGGCUACAUUCCUAGCAGCAGAUAAUGGCUACCCUCCGCGGAGUGGCACGGGCACGCUGCAGAUCUACCUGACGGACGUGAACGACAACCCACCGGCCGUGCUGCCACGCGAGGCUCAGAUCUGCGAGCGAGGUCGCCACGGCAGCUUCAUCAAUGUCACGGCGACCGAUGCCGACGAGAUGCCCAACGGCGGGCCCUUCAGCUUCGACCUGCACCCCAGUGCCCAGCGCAACUGGACCAUCUCACGGUUCAAUGCUGAUCAUGCCCGGAUCAGCUUGAGAAUCCAGUACCUGGAGUCGGGCGUGUACGAGGUGCCGGUCACGGUGAUGGACUCGGGCAACCCCACGCUGACCAACCAGUCCAGCAUCAUGGUGAAGGUGUGCCCGUGCGACGAGAACGGAGACUGCUCCACCACCGGGGCCGUGGCGGCUGCUGGCCUGGGCACGGGAGCCAUCAUCGCCAUCCUCAUCUGCAUCAUCAUACUGCUCAGCAUGGUGCUACUGUUUGUGGUGUGGAUGAAGAGGAGGGAAAAGGAGCGCCAGACUAAGCAGCUGCUCAUAGACCCUGAGGACGACGUCCGGGACAACAUCCUCAAGUACGAUGAGGAGGGAGGCGGAGAGGAGGACCAGGACUAUGACCUGAGCCAGUUGCAACAGCCUGAAUCCCUGGAGCACAUCAUGAGCAAGCCCGCAGGGGUGCGGAGGGUGGACGAGAGGCCGGUCAUCCCCGAGUCGCAGUACCCCAUCCGGCCCAUUUUGCCCCACCCAGGGGACAUCGGAGACUUCAUCAACGAGGGCCUGAGGGCAGCGGAUAACGACCCCACGGCUCCGCCGUACGACUCACUGCUGGUGUUCGACUACGAGGGCAGCGGCUCCACCGCCGGCUCGGUCAGCUCGCUCAACUCCUCCAGCACCGGCGACCAGGACUACGACUACCUCAACGACUGGGGCCCGCGCUUCAAGAAGCUGGCUGACAUGUACGGCGGAGGGAACGAUGACUAGAGCACCUCUGACUCCCGACACCCCACCCCAGCCCAAAAAUGAAAAAUGGAGGUUCCCACACCCCCAUCACCACCCAACCCCAUGCCAACUGGCCAAGCUCUCCAAUCACAGAGCAGGACUCUCUUAACAGCCACACCCACAACCCACAAAACAACCAACCGAUUCAAACCAACAUUUACCGACACGUCAUGAAACAGACAAGGACUUGACAGAGGCAUCUUGUGUACUAUCCUCUGCUGACAGUCUUUGAAAAACAAAAAAAAAGACAAAAGAACAUUAUGUUGUGGUUCUACUCUCCUUUCUUUUGUAUUCUGAUUUUAACUAUGAUUUUUUUCUCUCUCUCUUUGAUGAAGGCUUGUGUUCACAGUAUUUUACUUAUUUGAGUUAGCCCUCCGUAAGUGCAAGCUUUUUUUAGAUGUGUAAGGGAUGCCAGUCGCUCCAUAGUUUCUGCCCAGCUGCCCUUACCUGGCACAUCCCUUUGCCCAUGUCCCCUCAUUCGUCCUGCAGUCCUCCACAGACAGCCAGGUCGAGUUGCAUUCUGCUUGAGGAGACUGAAAAGUAAAAAAAAAAAAAAAAUACUCCCACAACAUUCUCACGUGAGGAAGAGAGUGUUUGAAAGGGAAAGAGUUGCUAUCUCACUUAACUUGAAUUCUUCUGAAGAGAGAAGCGCUGUUGUUUAAGAAGUGCCUUCACUGGUGCAUUUCUUUCUUUCUUUCUUACUUGCUUUCUUUGUUUUGUUUUGUAAUUUGUUUUGUUAUUUCGCUGUUUGGAACUUCGUCAAUCUCAGGAUUGGUUGGCCACACGGAUGGCUGGCGUGUCCCCAGUCUGAAGCCCCAUCCAGCGCCCCACCUCCGGCCCAGUGCAGAAGCCUAAUCGGCUGUCUGGCUACUGAGUUGAGAUUUGGCCUUGGGAUUGUAGGGUUACCAGUAGUGUAGACAGAAUCAUGUUGUAAGUGCUUCACGUAAGUUGUCUCCUUUUUAUUGCGUGCUUUAAAGAAAUGGGGAUUAGUUGGGAGAGGACAUGGGAGAAAACAGAUUUGUUUUUUUGUCCAAAGGCUGAGACGGGAGUGUGCUGAGUGUGAGAGCCUGUGGGUUGGCACAGCAGCGACGUGCAUUCCUAAUCAGACUAUGUGUAAAUCCUUUAAUCAAACUGUGCGUGGAAAUUCAAUGAUUGUUGAUUGUAUUGAUACGUAACGUGCAGAAACAAGCUGUAGCUUGGAUGGCUGUUCAAUUUUUGGAUGUCCACCUGUGUGUGUGUGUGCCAUUCUGUGUGUGUGUGUGUGUUUGCUGUGUUUGAUCCAUCUGCUGAAAGCAGGACACUUUAGGGCAGCAAGUGUAUGUGUGUGUGUGUGUGUGCGUGUGUGUGUAUACUGUACUGACUUUGUUAAUUUGUUAGGAAGGAUUGGAAUUGGUAUUGGGCGAAGCCCAAAGGUAAAGCGGCUAUCGUGAUUAAACCUCUCUUUUCAGAGGUGACAUGAUUGGUGUGUGCGGAAUGGGUGGCGGGAAAUGCAUGAUGUUUCUCCCCAACACCCUUAACGUGUUACUCUAGUGCGUAGGGUUGAUUAUUUGAAUUGAUUAAACCAAUAUAUAUAAACUGUAAAAAGUCAAAACGAUGUACAAAAAAAAGGAAGGAAAAAGAUCCUAUUUUUGAAGUGUUUAGGAAAUCUUAAGCAGUUGGUGCUCAAGUUGAUGUUUUUCUUUUCUUUCCUGUGCUGUUGAGAGGGUUACAGAGCACCACACCCAAAGUACUCAAAGGUCUCUGAGCCUCGACUUCUCUACCCCUUUAGAACCUGCCUCCGCAGGGGUUCUUCUUACUGAUUUACCCCCCGUUGCGGUUGAAAUAGACGAUUGAUGACUCCUUUUCAAAUCAUAUCUUUCUAAAGUCACAGUGAGCCAGUGAGAUCACAGUAUGACAGUGAAACUGCCUGGAUUACACGUUUUCAGUAUCAUUAACCCUGAAAGCUAUUUGUUAUUCUGAUACUUGGGGAAAAUGUGGUUGUUUUAGUCUUUUUCUAAUUGCCAGUGGUUCGCGUGAUGACAGCUGUGUUCUCAAGGGAUGAAAAAAAAAAACUUCCACACCACUCUGCCAGUGAAAUACUCGUCGUAAUUCUCGUAAGGCCUACCCACCAGUCUCCAAAUAGACUAGGCAGCAAGUGCAAAAUAGUUCCUUUGUGUGUUGUAACGAUUAGAUAUGCAAACUUUUGCCUUUACCUUUUUUGGAAAUCUCAGCUUCCCCCUCCAACCCACAGUGUUCAGCACCCCCUGUUCUCUGAGCCAUUUCCCUAGUUAAAUAUGGUAAUGCUAUAUGACUGCAACAGGAGUUCUCUCCACAAGCCAUUACUGUGGUAACCCUGGGAAUAAGCAGGAACAGGGCCCGCCAAUCCAGGGGGAGCCCACCUCCUGUCGGGUCUUUCCCAGUCAGUUCAGUCACGACAUCCUUGUGUCAGAGCCACUAUUGAUCACUAUCAUCAUAAGAAUGUGAUGCAAUCUGUCAGCUCAUACUGAUAUGAGCUGAUUAGCGACACCUGUGAGGUGUGGGAGAGAAGGCCUCCAGUCCAGACUGGCCGAUGACACAUUGUGUUGCCACACAUUGGCUCACCCCAUCUCUCCCCUUUGGGUGCUGCCACCCAUGUAACAGUGAUUCACAUUUCAGGACAGUAUGCCUUAUCGAUUCCUGAGGCAGGGGAGGGAUAGCACAGGAUUUGUCAUUUGUGUCGUGAAGUGGUCUAGUCUUUUCUCCUGCCUUUCCCCCUGCUGUCCAUUGUAUCUUAGUUAGCAGCCUUCAAGGUCCGGCUAGUGCCAUUGGCCAGUCUUAUUUGUCAGUGGUCAACAUGGCUGAUGGUGUUUCCAUCCAUGUUUCCAACUAAAGGUACUUCAACCUCUUACACCUUUUAUCUUCAGACAGCCAUUGGGCUGGUGGCGUCAUGUCAUUGUGACCACGUUCUUGGUGUGACCACGCUUGCCAUAACUUAGACCCCACUGCUGUACCGAACCGUCCAGAACCGUGUGACCCUACGACUACCAAACCCCCCAUUACCCACACCACAACCCCCAUCACAACAAAUGCCUUGCGUUAGCCAAUGAGCAGGAAGCCGUCGUAGUUAGUUCAAGGUGAGCUUUAUGUUCAGUGCAGUGCAGUGCAGUAGCUGUGCCGUUCUGGAGAUGCCUCUGCACACUCACAGUUCCCUGCAGGGGAUGUGGCUUUAUCAUAUGUUUUCAUGUCUCAUUGCUUCUGUUUCGCUUUGGCAUAGCAAGCCGGAGGGCACACACACACACACUCUCUCUGAAACAGCCACUGCAUUUUUUUUAUUUGUAUGUCACAAACAGUUGAAAUAAAUGUAACUGAUGUAUAUAAACUUAUUUCUGUUUUUUUUUACCACUACACAUGUUUUUAACCAUCAUUCUGUAUGAACUUAGCUGGUUUUGUAUAUUCUCUUAGAUUUCUUUUUUUAUAUGUAUUUCACUUUUUGUUUUGCUUUUUUGUUUGAUCGCAGUGUUUUUGGUUAUUUCAUGUUGUUUAUCUGUGAAGAAUAGCAAGCUUCAACACAGUCAAGAAAGCCAUUUGAGUUUAUAGUAAACUCCAAGGAAUUCUAAGCCUAUGGCCAACCCAUCUAACCACUGUUUAUUGUUGAAAACAUAGUUGUUGUAUGCAAUUCCUUUCCCCAAAAACACACACUCCAAAACACAUUCAUGCACACCCAGAGAGAAAUGCUGGGUCUAAAACCCUGUCUGCAUCCAAAAUCCAUCAUGCUGCGGUGCUAUCCAGACAGCUCAAUCCCCUGCCGCCAUUGUUCGCCUCGUUGGUCUAUACCUGGUGCCGCGUCAGAUCCCCUCAGUCCGCUGUCUGGGAAACAGGAGGCAGAGCUGCCAGGCCCUGCGGCCCUUAACGGAUGAGGGGAGAAAGGCGAGCGCUCAGCGCGACACCCCAAAAAUAAACACCUGUCUCCCACCUAGCCACCCAUUUUUUUUCCGCAUUUGAGUUCGCCGUAUCUAAAAAUGAGUUGUUCGCUUUCAGCAGCAGUCAUUGCUUACGGAUCAGUCUGUGGGCUGCAGACAGUUGGAUAGAGAGAGAGGACAAGACUAAGCCAUACAAGGUGCUCAUAUCAGCAGGCAAACCCCUGGCUGGAUGAUGGAAUGGUUGAAGUAAGAAAUGGUGCCAUCACGGGAGGGUGAGCAUGGGGCAGAAGAUCAUGGAUUGACAGACUUUUCUCCACGUAUUUAUUUUUUUAUUUAUUGACAAGUGGGAAAAAACACGGAUUGUUUCUGUAUGUUGUGGAAGUGGCCUGUUGACUGCAGGUUGUCCGCGGGGCUAAGCGGCGGGAAUCUGGUUGCAUGGGGAUCCGUGCGUCUGUCUGGACGAUUUCUCACCGUGCGAUUUUGUUUUUUGUAGUAGUGUGCAUUGAUUAUCUUGAGUGUGUGUUUGUGUGGCAGCACAUCAGUGUGCGUGUGUGUAUGUAUGGGUCUGCACACUUUGAUUUGAAGUGGCUGAAAGUUGAUUGGCUUGUUUAACAGUGCCCUCUAGUGUAGUGAGAGAGAAUUGCAGUCAGGCGCGCCACUGUGUGCUUCACAAACUUCACAGCUGAUUCCAUUACAUGGGAGUGAAUUAUGUUUUGCCUCUUCUCCCAGUCAUUUCGUAGCCUACGUGAUGAAGAUUCUGAGCAGCAAAUUUAACUGGCGUAAAUAAAAUUAGGAAUUAAUUUGGAAUAAAAUUAAAACAAAGAGCUGAACCACAUACAAAUGGAGAUUGAAUUUUGCCAGGGAUCAGUCAAUCAGGAUUUGAUGUGGCAAAAUAUCCAUAAUUGACCAUAUUAUUUAUAAGUGAAGCCAUGCAACAAUUGGUAUAAGGCCAUAAUGUCAGUGUCAGGUUUAACUGUAGCCUACUACAGACACUGCAGAAACAGCAGGAGAAGCUGUGUUGGUUGAUGAAGUCAGUGUUGCUGCUACACCAUUUUCAGAACACUGAACUCGACUACACAGCCAUUUUAAUCCUCUCCCCUCUACCCAGCUAAGUAGGCCUCGCUAUGUUGCGACACAGCCCCAAAAGCGGAGUGAAGUUGUCGGAGGAGGCGAUUCGCUCCAGUGUAAUGGAAACAAGCUAUAAGAGGAGCCGGCCACCAGAAAGUAGGGCAAAGUGAGUUUCUGGCAGGCCACACAUCUCUGGACCUCACACAAACCCACGGAGCGUGCGGCAUACUAAACGGCGACAUCAGACAGGGUUCGCGCUCGUGCUGGGAGCAGACAAAACUCAGUCUUAAUUGGAGACGCCCUAUGUUACUCACAUUUGUGUGUACAUAAUGUAGUAAUUGCUUGAAGCUAAAUGGCUAAACAAGUUAGGCGAAAUAUAUAUGUACAAUUGGAGCUUUUUUUGCAUGUGUCUUUUUAUAACAGACAAAGUAAUUAUAUAACAACUAUCAUACAGAACAUUUUAAAAACGUGUAGCAGCCCGCAUGACCGAGGUUGUUUCCAGAGGACGUUUCUGGAGUGUACUAUACUCACAUCGAUUCAAGAGUAAAAAUAAAACAUCUAAAACAAAAAUAGAAAAAAUACACAAUCAUUGCACAGUUAUGAAGUUAAAAUUGACUUUUUUGUAAACUGUCAACAGCACAAAUAUUUUGUAUUGUUGUUUGUACCAUUUUGUACCAAAAAGAGAAAAAACGCAUAAGAAAAAAAAGGGAAAAGUUUCUUGUUUUAAGCGUGUGUUUCUAGUGCCACUGCAAUCUUGGUUUCCAAAUCCAGUUGAGUAUGUACGCAGCCUUGCAGAUCAAUGGUGUAAUAUAGACGCUGGGCUGGCCCUUCCCCUGCCAGUGUCCCUGUGUUAUAUAAAUAAAGUUUCCCCUCAUUUUAAA